AUGACACCCCUCGAUUGGUCAAAUGUGUCGAAAACUGGAACAUUUAUUCAACAUACAUUCGGUGCAUUGCCAUUAAUUGGCUCAUUGAAUGAUGCCGGUGUCUUAUCAGUCACUUCAAAAAGUUCAAGUUCAAAAUCAUGUACAUUACCAUCGUUAACGUCGACGAAACAUUCUCGAUUAUCUACACCAUCACUUUCUUCAAGUGAUGGAAAAGGUAAACGUCCAUUGUCAUUUUCUCCAAUGUCUGAUAAUUUAUUAAUACAUACACAACAACAAUCAAUGGAAGUGAAUUUUAUUUCAACUGUUCAACGUUCGGAUUAUCUACCAUCUCGAAUUCUUGCUCCAUUAAUUGAACCCAAUGAAAAUCAAUGUCAAUGGUUGGGUUGUGAUCUUUUAUUUUCAACACCAAUGCAAUUAACAGAACAUAUUCGAUCUGUUCAUAUUAAUCGAACUGAUUCUCGUACAUGGUUAUGCCAAUGGCAAUCAUGUACACGUAGUCGAAUACCAUUUAAAUCACUUUAUUCAUUAUAUCUUCACUUACGAACACAUACACAAGAUCGACCAUAUCAAUGUUCACAUAUUGGCUGUACAAAAACAUUUACACGUGCAGAAUAUUUACGUUUACAUGAGCGUUCACAUACAGGUGAAAAACCAUAUCCAUGUGAAUAUGCUGAUUGUUCAAAAGCAUUCAGUAAUCCAUCCGAUCGAACCAAACAUAUUAAACGAACACAUUUAAAUAAAAAAGAAUACAUAUGUCAAAUUCAAGGUUGUGGUAAAUCUUAUACAGAUCCAAGUUCAUUAAGAAAACAUGUUAAAAAUAUUCAUGGAGAAGAUGCAUUUCGACAAAAGAAACAUAAACGUACAGAUAAUAAUAAUGAUAAACAAUUUGAUGAAACAAAGAAAAACAUUUCGAAUACAAUAUUAAUUUCAAAUUUAAAUUAUCCAAGUGGAUUAAACAAUAAUCAAUCGAAUACUCUUAUUGAAAAUAAUAAUAACGAUGAUGAUGAUGAAGAUGUUAUUGUUGAUCAAGGAGUUUUAUUAAAUGUCGAUAUACUGGGAGAUAAUUUGGGAGAAUUAUCAGUCAGCGCUACAACUGCUUUACCAGUUCAUCGGGCACCAAUGACAAAUUCUUUAAAACAAAUUGCAAAAAAAGCUGUUCUACCAGCUAUACAUAUCACAGGAGUUUGUGAAACAGAUGGAGAUGAAACAUCAUCAAAUAAAGGUGUGAUUUAG